AUGUACGAAGGGAUUGACAACCUGAAAUCCCUUUACGACCGUGCCGGGAAGACUUUCUCCGGCGGUCCUUCUGCGGCACAGGAUGUGCCGCGUCGUACUGCUCACCAGACCCAGUACGUCAACCAUCAGUUGGGAGCGGGGCUCCCAAGAUCCCAGGGACGAGGGAUAGCCGCGCCACCGGACGAGAGAACUCGUCCGACGUCCGUUCACGUCGCGGUGGUUCAACAGCUGCUCAACUAG